AUUAACAUCCAUGCAUCAACAUCUGCCUGGCGACCGUAUAUACAGGCGCAAGAUGGGAAAAGUCUGUCAAAAACAUGAAACAUAGAGGAUCAUUCUGAAUAAAUAUUUCCCGCCAGCCCACGAUGCCUAAAAUGCGUUUCUCGAAGAUUCGGAUCUACGAGUUCAAGGACCUCAUUCGGAACAAGAAACAACCAAAAACACUGGAUGUUCUGUUGAGCAGGAAAAAGCAGAAAAACAAUAUCAGAUGUGUUUUGAUUCAGAAAAAUACUGAAGACUCUCAUUAUCAACUACAAGACCGUGGGCCAAAGCUAGCUGAUCUGCUAGAAAAUAGAGACUACCUGGAUGCUUUUCGUUCAUUUCUUCAGUCUGAGUUUAGCGCGGAGAACAUUGAAUUUUGGCUUGCCUGCAGGGAAUAUAAGCGGAUGACUUCAUCUGGCAAACUCUGUAACAAAGCAGCAGAUAUCUACAAAGAGUUUCUCCAUCCCAUGGCUCAAAAAGAGGUAAACAUCGACCAACACAUUCGUGAGAAGAUCAAGAGAUCCUUGGUGAAGCCUGAACUCACUUGUUUUGAUGAAGCCGAGAUGCAUAUAUACAGACUUAUGGAGGACGACUCCUGCCCAAGGUUCCUUAAAUCUGAGGCCUAUCAGAACCUGAGGAACGCAGCCAGGAACCCAGUGUAGACCAGCCAAUGACAACUAAUUCACCGGAAAAAUGUUUCUUAAUGAGCCGGCGCGUAGAAAGCGGACAUAUGCACGUGGUUUGGAGGAAAUUACAGAGGAGAACAGAAAGUAUGUGGUGUGUAGAGGUUCAGCUUCAUUGGUUUGAAUGAUAAGAUGAAUGAGAAAAAGAAAAGUGUCACCGUUACAGGAAAUGAUCAAGAAUGAAGGUACAUGUUAUUUGAGAGAUGGGCUGGUCCGUUCUGUGAAAUGGGUGACUUUUAUAAACGUUGGUCUUGAAAGUAGAUUUCGGUUAGACUGUAUGAGACAAAUGUUAGAAAUUGUAAAUUGUAACAAGUGUUGAGAAAUUGUAUUGAGGAAUCUCUAACAUUGUUAGUUGACAUCAAAAGAGCAUUUUGCUAAUCAACUCAUAUUUUAUGAAACACUACAUAUGACCAGUUACAGCAUUUAAACAUUCACUUUACUUUAAACAUUCAUUUA